AUGGCAGCGGCUGCGGGCGGCGGAACCAAGGCGAGCGCCAACAUGUGGGCCGUGCUCGCCGACGAUGAUCCCGGCGACAACGAGGCAGCCAAGAGACUUGAGAGGGACACCAAGGGCAGAGAAGCCACGGAAUACAAGCACCAGCAGACGAUGGCGACGGCGGCCUCGGAGGCCGCCGUCGGCAACGCGCAGAGCAGCGCCGCCGGGACGUACGGUCGCAACGAGAAGAAGGCGCGGAACGAGCGGAGCAGGAAGCAGAGGAAGAAGCUGCAGCCGGUAGCGGUGGCCAAUGGCGAUGCUAACAAAGCCGUCGUCGUACAGGCAGAGGAGGCCACGGCUGUCGGCAGUGACGAGUCUGACGGCGAGGAGGAGAGUACCAGCUGCUGCCGGACGGUGAUAGGCAGGCUGCUGCGUGCGGCAGUGGCGGCGGUCCUCAUCGCCUUCUGGGUGCAUGCUGCUGCGCCGGCUCACACCGCAACAUGA